AUGUCAGCAAUUUUAAAACAAAGAGUUAGAUAUGCUCCAUAUCUUAAGAAAUUAAGAACAGGAGAACAAUGUCUUGAUUUAUUUAAACAUGGACAAUAUUUAGGUUGGUCAGGUUUUACUGGGGUUGGUGCUCCUAAAGUUAUUCCAACUGCAUUAGUAGAUCAUGUUGAAAAAAACAAUUUACAAGGUCAAUUGGCAUUUAAUUUAUUUGUUGGUGCCAGUGCUGGUCCAGAAGAAGGAAGAUGGGCCGAAAAUAAUAUGAUUUUAACUAGAUCUCCUCAUCAAGUUGGUAAACCAAUUGCUGCUGCUAUUAAUGAUGGUAGAACACAAUUCUUUGAUAAACAUUUAUCCAUGUUCCCUCAAGAUUUAACUUAUGGUUAUUAUACAAGAGAUAAGAAAAAUGGUAGUAAUUUAGAUUAUACUAUUAUUGAAGCUACUGCAAUUACUGAAGAUGGUGGUAUUGUUCCAGGUCCAGCUGUUGGUGCAUCACCAGAAAUGAUUUCUGUUUCUGAUAAGAUUAUUAUUGAAGUCAAUACUCAUACUCCAUCAUUUGAAGGUAUUCAUGAUAUAGAUAUGCCAGUACAACCACCAUUUAGACAACCAUAUCCUCAUACUACUUCUGAUUAUAGAAUAGGUCAAACUUAUAUUCCAGUUGAUCCUGAAAAAGUUGUUGCUAUUGUCGAAAGUACUAGUGGUGAUAAAGUCCCACCAAAUACUCCAAGUGAUGCUCAAUCUAAAGCCAUUGCUAAUCAUUUGAUUGAAUUUUUGGAACAUGAAGUUAAAAUGGGUAGAAUGCCAGCUAAUUUACAUCCAUUACAAUCAGGUAUCGGUAAUAUUGCUAAUGCAGUUGUUGAAGGAUUAGCAGGAUCUAAUUUUAAGAAUUUAUCAGUAUGGACUGAAGUUUUACAAGAUUCAUUUUUAGAUUUCUUUGAAAGUGGAUCAUUAGAUUUUGCUACUGCAACAUCUAUUAGAUUAACUGAAGAUGGUUUUAAGAAAUUUUAUGACAAUUGGGAUACUUAUACUAAAAAAUUAUGUCUUAGAUCACAAGUUGUUUCAAAUUCCCCAGAAAUUAUUCGUCGUUUAGGGGUUAUUGCUAUGAAUACUCCAGUUGAAGUUGAUAUUUAUGCUCAUGCCAAUUCUACCAAUGUCAUGGGAUCACGUAUGUUGAAUGGUUUAGGAGGAUCGGCUGAUUUCUUACGUAAUGCUAAAUUAUCAGUUAUGCAUACUCCAUCAGCAAGACCUUCAAAGACUGAUCCAACUGGUGUUUCAUGUAUUGUUCCAAUGGCUCCACACGUUGAUCAAACUGAACAUGAUUUGGAUGUUAUUGUUACUGAACAAGGUUUAGCUGAUUUAAGAGGAUUAGCACCAAAGGCAAGAGCACAAGUUAUAAUUGAUAAUGUUGUUCAUCCAGAUUAUAAAGCACAAAUACAAGAUUAUUAUGAUAGAGCAAUCUUUUAUUGUACUAAGAAGAAGACAUUACAUGAACCACAUAUUUUAAGAGAUGCUUUCAAGAUGCAUUUGAAUUUCCAAGAGAAUGGAACUAUGAAAUUGAAAUCUUGGGAUGAAAAAUUCUAA